AUGGCCCCCUACGCUGCAGAAUAUCUUUUCUGCUGGCUGUUCGCCACUGCGACCCUCGUUCAUGCAGAUGGCAUCCCUUGGACAAUGCCGUGGUCUGAUCAAAGCUAUGGUCCGGAUGGCCCAUGGCAUGCCGUGUCAGUUGAAUUGGGAUCCAACAAGCAACCCAUUGAUCUCUACCCUGGCGACCGAUGGGCUAGUGUCAUUCUUCUCGACACUGUCUGCUCGGACGACUCAACCCCCUGUUAUGCAAGACGAGCUGGUCUCUUCGACAUUAAUGCGUCAACAUCUGCUGUCACCCUGAAAACACCAACCGACCCGAGUCAGAUAAAAUGGCUGUCCGAUCAGAGCAGUGCCGGUGUUAACAAUUGGGGAGGUACCGGAUACGUCAGAGAAGGGGUUCUCGCCGAUACGAUCACGUUGCAAAAUGGACAUAGGGUACCGAAUGUCUCUAUGGCAUCGAUCUACGAAGCUUACCAAGAAUACCCAAAUGGGAAAAGAUAUCCUGUUUCUGUGGGGACCUUGUCACUGGGGGCCACAAAGCCUACCCACGUGGUGGAUGGGAGCAGGUUCAAUUUGCUAUCUGCUUGGCAGCACUGGAAUGAUACUUCCUCUGAUCGCAUUCCGUCAUACUCCUGGGGGAUGCACAUUGGAUCUGUGGAGCCUGACAUCCCGGGUUCGCUGAUCCUUGGCGGGUAUGAUCAAAACCGAGUACUGAACCAAGUAAGCUCUCAACACGUUGACGAUACGAAUCACCUUGGCAAUCUCAGGAUUUCUCUCGAAGACAUCGGGAUAGGAGUUGCCACUGGGGACUCGCCAUUUGACUUUGAGAAUAAAUCUGGGCUGUUCAAAUGGGGAAACAGCAUCACUAGCAGGGCGAAAAGAGUGGAGAUUGAUCCUACCCUUCCAUACCUCUACCUUCCCAAGGAAGCAUGCGAUACAAUCGCAGCUGAGCUCCCGGUUACGUUUAACGAUGGUCUGGGUCUAUAUUUUUGGAACACAGAUGACAAAAAUUACGAAAAAAUCACAUCCUCUCCGGCAUAUAUGUCCUUUACAUUCGAGAAGGACGCGACAAACACUCAAAAUAUCACCAUCAAAGUCCCUUUCCAACUUCUGAAGCUCACACUUCAAGAACCCUUAGUGGAACACAACACAACCUACUUCCCAUGUUAUCCCUCUGAUCAAUUCGUCCUCGGCAGAGCUUUUCUUCAGGCAGCCUUCAUUGGCACAAAUUGGCAAGAAGGUAUUGGAAGUGGCUACUGGUUUUUGGCACAAGCACCCGGGCCGGCAAUUGGAUUAGAUGCUCAGCAGAGCAUUGAUGUUGACGACAUCUCAAUCAAGCCUUCAGCCAAUUCAUGGGAGGACAGCUGGGACGGGUAUUGGGAACCUCUUUCAUCGAAGAACUCCGACUCCAACUCCACCAUCUCAACUGUGGCAAAGGCUGAUAGUGACCCCUCCGCCUCGGGUCUUUCGACUGGAGCAAAGGUUGGCAUUGGCAUUGGAUGUGCUGUUGGUGGCGUGGUAUUGAUUGGGUUCCUUGCUUUUGUGAUCAUCUCUCGUCGAAGGCGCACAACAAAUUCGCGCCCGGACACCAUAGAUGAAUAUCGCAUGGUAUCAAGCCCUGUUGAAAAGAGCAAGCCACAUCCAGUGACUGAGUUAAAUGCUCAUCAUAUAAGUGAGCUACAGUCGGACAAGGUAUUCCAGGAGGUACCAGGGUCUGCUACGAUACGCCACGAACUUUCGUGA